GUGCUCUGGUAAAUGAGUGUUUAUAAAUAGAAUUUCCAGUCCUUUGGUAUAAUGAAGAGGAUUUAGGAUUCAAACUAGAAUCACGAGACUUGAAUAGAGCAGAAAGGCGCUGGACUUUUACCUCUAAGAUCUACCGGCGUUGGACCUUUCCCGGAACAGAAAUGGGUUCCUGUCGGCUGACAUGCUGGAUAGUGAUCGUUGUGUAUGGAGUUGUAGGUCAGCUGGCCUUGACCCAGUCCCCUAUCUGCCAUGGGCACGGGACCAUGAAGAUGGGUAUGUGUGUAUGCGAUGAAGGUUACAUUGGUGUAAACUGCUCCGCAAAAGAGGAAGACCAAUGUAAAGCUCCGGGAGACAAUUCUGUGUGUUCAGGACAUGGAGAUUGUAUAGAUGGAAUGUGUCUUUGUCUGUCCAGAGGUGAUGAUUUACAUAGAUUUUCUGGCACGUACUGUGAAUGCGAUGACCACAGCUGUCCUUAUUCUGACGAUGAUGUUUGUGGAGGAUCCGAUAAAGGCUGGUGUGAAUGUGGAACAUGUCGAUGUAACCUCGGAUUUACUGGUGAUGCCUGUUCAUGUAGUGAGUCAACAGACAGCUGUUUAGCGGACGACGGGAAGAUUUGUAGUGGGAAUGGCAACUGCCGCUGUAAUGAGUGUGUGUGUAUCACUGGCUAUGGUGGUCCGACGUGCAGCGACAGAAACGAGGUGGCACGAUCCAAGUCAUUCAUAUCGGAUUUUACAGACGUAUGUGAUCUAUGGAUACCUUGUGUACUCUGUGUGGGCUUCAAUACCGGCGAUAAAGAUGCCGAGGAAUGCGAAGAGGAUUGCAACAGGAACAGAAUACAUAUUGUAGAAACGUUUCCAGACACACCAAGUAACCGCGUUUGUCAUCACAAAGACGCAGAUCAGUGUGUUGUAACUUUUUCUCACACUGACGAGUCAUUUUACGCCAUGUCUGUAUUCGUCAAAUCCAUUAAAGAAUGUCCUGCACCUAUUCCAACCCCGGAGGCUGAAGUGAUAAAAGCAGAUCAAUUAUCAGAUGAUACAGAGGGCAACGAAGGUGAAACAAACAACGGCAGCAACGGCUCACCUCCCGUUCUUAACACAUGCUAUUUCCUUUACCUAAUAUACUUAAUAUUUACUCUAUCUGUUCCAUAGAUUUUCUUUGCAUAAUCUUUAAUUUGAGGCAAAAGUCUUUGAAAAUAUUUUACAACUGACACAGAAAACUAUUUAUUAGUAAUCAUGUAAUAGAAUUGAAACUGACUUUUUUUAAAUCUUUUUUUUUUUAUAUUAUUAUUGUUGCUACAGUGUGUAUGCAUGUACGCAGUAUGAUAUGGGUAUAAUCUAGUCACUUGAUCAAAUAAUAAAAUAGGCGUUUAUAGAUUAGAUUGAAUACUGGUACAACCCUCCAAAGUCAAGGAAGAAACAAAGACACCGGAGAUAAUGUCCAUACACCCAGUCCGGUAUAAUUGAUAUCAAAACAAUUAGACACCGGAGAUAAUGGUAAUACACCCAAUCCGGUAUAAUUGAUAUCAAAACAAUUAGACACCGGAGAUAAUGGUAAUACACCCAGUCCGGUAUAAUUGAUAUCAAAACAAUUAGACACCGGAGAUAAUGGUAAUACACCCAGUCCGGUAUAAUUGAUAACAAAACAAUUAGACACCGGAGAUAUUGUCGAUACACCCAGUCCGGUAUAAUUGUUAUCAAAACAAUUAGACACCGGAGAUAAUGUCGAUACACCCAGUCCGGUAUAAUUGAUAUCAAAACAAUUAGACACCGGAGAUAAUGUCGAUACACCCAGUCCGGUAUAAUUGAUAUCAAAACAAUUAGACACCGGAGAUAAUGGUAAUACACCCAAUCCGGUAUAAUUGAUAACAAAACAAUUAGACACCGGAGAUAUUGUCGAUACACCCAGUCCGGUAUAAUUGAUAUCAAAACAAUUAGACACCGGAGAUAAUGGUAAUACACCCAGUCCGGUAUAAUUGAUAACAAAACAAUUAGACACCGGAGAUAUUGUCGAUACACCCAGUCCGGUAUAAUUGAUAUCAAAACAAUUAGACACCGGAGAUAAUGGUAAUACACCCAGUCCGGUAUAAUUGAUAUCAGAACAAUUAGACACCGGAGAUAAUGUCGAUACACCCAGUCCGGUAUAAUUGAUAUCAAAACAAUUAGACACCGGAGAUAAUGUCGAUACACCCAGUCCGGUAUAAUUGAUAUCAAAACAAUUAGACACCGGAGAUAAUGGUAAUACACCCAGUCCAGUAUAAUUGAUAUCAAAACAAUUAGACACCGGAGAUAAUGUCGAUACACCCAGUCCGGUAUAAUUGAUAUCAAAACAAUUAGACACCGGAGAUAAUGGUAAUACACCCAAUCCGGUAUAAUUGAUAUCAAAACCAUUAGAUACCGGAGAUAAUGGUAAUACACCCAGUCCGGUAUAAUUGAUAUCAAAACAAUUAGACACCGGAGAUAAUGUCGAUACACCCAGUCCGGUAUAAUUGAUAUCAAAACCAUUAGACACCGGAGAUAAUGGUCGAUACACCCAGUCCGGUAUAAUUGAUAUCAAAACCAUUAGAUACCGGAGAUAAUGGUAAUACACCCAGUCCGGUAUAAUUGAUAUCAAAACAAUUAGACACCGGAGAUAAUGUCGAUACACCCAGUCCGGUAUAAUUGAUAUCAAAACAAUUAGACACCGGAGAUAAUGUCGAUACACCCAGUCCGGUAUAAUUGAUAUCAAAACAAUUAGACACCGGAGAUAAUGGUAAUACACCCAGUCCGGUAUAAUUGAUAUCAAAACAAUUAGACACCGGAGAUAAUGUCGAUACACCCAGUCCGGUAUAAUUGAUAUCAGAACAAUUAGACACCGGAGAUAAUGGUAAUACACCCAAUCCGGUAUAAUUGAUAUCAAAACCAUUAGACACCGGAGAUAAUGUCGAUACACCCAGUCCGGGGAUUUGCAAUUUAACCGAUUUUUUUUUUGUGCAAACAUUAUAUAAUUGAUGAUUUUUUUUUCUGUGUCAAUAAAUUUCCGAAGCUUCCAUAUUAGUGCAGUGUUUCAGUUUAUAUUAUAUUCAUAUUGCAUAUCUUAAACUGUACAUAUAUUAGGGUUAGGGUUAUUGUAAUGUAAUACACACGCUUGUAAUUCAAAAUUAUAUUUAGAUUCCGCAUACGAUAAAUUUUUCAUAUUUUAUACUACGGCAUUGUAAUCGUAAUAUACUAGGCUACACGAUCAGCGAUAUAUCAUCAACUCAGAUAAAAUUAAAGUGAAUUGAAUUGUA